AUGAGUACGUGCACUGGUCAGCCGAGCACAGCCCUAACUGAGACGUACACCUACACCGAGACACCACUGUGCAAAGCCACCGAGACGGUAGGUAGUUCUAUGGUACAGUCCAAAGCCACCGAGACGGUAGGUAGUUCUAUGGUACAGUCCAAAGCCACCGAGACGUUGGGUAGUUCUAUGGUACAGUCCAAAGGUAUAUGGGUCUCACCAGAACACAUCUCAGCAAGCGCAUACGCGUAUGAAACAGACGGACAGUACUAUUUACAGGGCCAACGUUGCCGCGCUGGUCGAUCCACGUGGUUGAAGUAUUGGUUGAUUACAAGUAGCACGCACGCACGAGUGUCUAUGCAUGCAGCAGGUACGUGA